AUGGAGACACAGCUAGACCCCAUGAAAGAUGACUUGCCCUUAAUGGCCAACACUAGCUAUAUGCUUGUAAAGCACUAUAUAUUGGACUUGGAUGUGGAUUUUAACAGUAAAGUUAUUGACGGCAUCAUAGUUUUAUUCUUUGAGACUGGGAGCCAGUACAGGAAAACCAGCAGUACUGGCAAAGAAGGCUGCCAGUCACAGUUUGAUGAAACCUCUAAAAUGAGGGUGUCUGAACUCUGCCACAUUCCUGUGACAAAUGUGACUGCCUGUUCAUCUAAAACAGUAUAUAAUGAUUUUGCUGUCUGUGGUAAAGGUGAAGAAGAUACUUCUGAUAAAAAUGGUAACCAUAGCAACGAGGAACAGGCUUCUGGGAUUUCUAGUUCAAAGGACUGCUAUGACAUAGAGAAUCAUGGGAACAAGGAUUUUCUGCUGGUAUUGGACUGCUGUGAUUUAUCCGUGCUAAAGGUUGAGGAGGUAGAUGUUGCUGCUGUGUCAGGCAUUGAAAAACUCACAAGGUCUGCCAAGCUAACUGAUGCUUCAAAGGAGCUGGAAGAUCUCAGGAAUCAGAUUGUGCAUGAACUUGUGACAUUACCUGCAGAUCGCUGGAAGGAACAGCUAUACUAUUUUACUCGCUGCAGCCAGGCGCCUGGCUGUGGAGAGCUUCUGUUUACUACUGGCACCUGGAGCUUGGAAAUAAGGAAAUCAGGAAUUCAUACUCCAACAGAUUUUCCUCAUGCAAUAAGAAUACGGUACAAAACCAAACCGGAGGGAAGAUCUGUUACAUGGACUACAGACCAGAGUGGCAGGCCAUGUGUUUAUACGAUGGGAUCGCCAAUAAACAACAGAGCCCUUUUCCCAUGCCAAGAACCACCCAUUGCCUUGUCAACAUGGCAAGCCUCAGUCCGAACAGCUGCAGGCUUUGUUGUGUUAAUGAGUGGUGAAAACUCAGCAGAACCAGUCCAGCUUCGAGAAGGUAUCUUGAGCUGGUACUACUACGUGACUAUGCCAAUGCCAGCAUCCACCUUCACUAUUGCUGUGGGGUGCUGGCAGGAAGUUAAACAGCAGUCCUUCACAACUGCUAUCCAGACAAACACUGAGUUUUCCUUGCCAUCUUCACAAGCUGAUUUCAGAUGGCAUGAAGAAAUCUGUGGUCAUGUGGAAUAUCCCUGCCGUUUCCAAAAUCCUGCUGCCAGGUUGCAGGCAGUCAUUCCUUACAGAGUCUUUGCUCCCUGGUGCCUUAUGGAACGCUGCGAAGAACGUUUGCUUCAGCUCAUUCCUCAGUGCCUCUCAGCUGCUUACACCACACUGGGUACCCACCCCUUUUCGAGGCUUGAUGUUUUGAUAGUUCCUUCCAACUUUUCCAGCCUGGGAAUGGCUAG